AAACGAUCGUUAUGUCCACUACGUGUCCAAUAAGUAAACGCUUUUUGUUUUCAUGUCACCUCUUCGAUGUAUGCUGCCACUUAUUGCCUACGUGACGCCACGCGUGCUGCAGUUACUUUGUAGAAACAAAAUUUUAUUUUACCUGGACUAUCGCGGUGGAGUCAGAAAUGGAAGACGAGUUUGAUGUAAUUCUUUUCGGUGAUUCACGCGAAAGAGAUCGUGGGUAUGUAGAAGGAAUAUCGCACGGAUCCAGAGUUGGAAAGCUGGAAGGUUUUUCAACAGGAUUGAACCAAGGACGUUUGACAGCUGGAGAAAUUGUUUUUUAUCUGGGAUUUUGUGAAACAUACAUUAUGCAGCUGAAAAAUUUAUCGAGUAGUGCAAACUCAAAUAAUUUUAAAUCUUCUCCCGACCAAAGUAAACUUACAUUAAAGUUGAAAAACACAAUCUCACUUAUAAACGAGUUUAUAACCCUCUCACCAGAGGAUGAAAAAUAUUCAAAAUAUAUGAACGACAUUCGAACGAAUCUGAAAAUUUUGUCCUCAAAAUUGAAAGUUUCUAUUAGUUUUUUAAAAAAUUCUAGUGAUGUAAAUUUUUAAUAGGAAGAAAUAAUAUCAAUUUUUGGCUAUGCACUGUACUUCUUUUUAUGAUUGACUAUUUUAUGCCAUGUCUGCAUGUUGUUUACAUGAAGGUGUGCUCCAAAUCCUGGAUAUUGAAUUUUAAAAGGAUAUGUUGUAUCAUAUUUCGCUGCGAUGAUAAAUGUUACCUAAUUUAACUAUGUGCAAGUGUAUAUUCUCAUUCAUCGUUUUUUAUCAGUGUUCACAUUUAGUCACACAAUUUUCGAUGACCACUUGCUUGAUUUUGUCAAAUUCCUCACAAUUGUAAGGUUUGGUUAUCAGUGCAAUUAUGAUAUAUUUUUAGUGCUCUUCAGUGUAAAAUUAUCAUAAAAUGGAUGCCAAAAAUAUUAAUUUGCGCCCUGACUGGAAUUUAUUGGAUUCUACUUUUGAAUCAUAUAAGCUGUCUCUACAGCAAUUGCCGGUGUAUCAUGUAAAUCCAGACUGUGAAUUGGAUACGGUAACUUUGGCUAAUGAUGAUUUCUCAUACAAUCGAACAAAGGUUCUCUCCCUUCACAACUACUUAUUUGGCGAUCCAUGGAAUGAAAAGGAAUGCUAUUUUGUGGAUAAAGCUGGUCAUAUUAAACGUUUGUCUGUUAUUGUUGAGGCUUCAAUAGGACAACCUCGAUCAGUUUUUCAACUAGGAUCUCAUUUUUUACAAACUGAAAGGCAUAUGCCUGUAACAAUAUCUUUCCCCUCAGCUAAUUUAUGUUUGAUAUCUGAUGGGGCAGGAUUGGUAUAUCUUCUUGAUACUGGGAACCGACAAACUGAUACAACUCAAAAAACAAAAUGGACUAUCUUAUUAAGUGGGAACAUAGUAGGUGAAAAUUCGGAACCUUCUGUACUUCUGUGUUCACGGCAGCAUUUUGAAGAUGCAGAACCUGAAUCUGGAGAUCAUGGAAAAAAAGAUGUCAUUGAUAUUUUGACUUUACGAUUUCAGGAUGAAAAGAAAGAUGAUGCCGUGAUAUCACAAGCUGUUGUGGAAUGGACUUGGUUAUUUCGAUAUGACGAAAAGUCCAAAUUUGAAAUUGGCGGACAUAGAAUGUUCAAAGGGAAACAAGCACCUUUCUAUGCCACCUUGGGUGAAAGUGGUAAAGAAUUAUUCAUCGGGUCACAUUCACCAAUGAAAUAUGCUACUGAUUGGGAACAGCAGGUUUUGAGUGAAGAAAUGGAGAUUGAGAAUGGAGAAGCUGCUGAUAAAAUGGACUCCGCACCAGAAAAUUCAGAAUCUCUGUAUAAAUGGACUCAAACAGAUGAAGAUGUAACUGUUAUGAUUCCUAUGCCAGAAGGAGCAGACAAAACUUCUGUUGUAUAUGGCUUGUCCAAAAGUAAGUUAACUGUUGGUUUCAAGGAUGCGACAGGAAAGAUUAGUUAUGUUCUGGAUGGGAAACUAUUUGUCGAAGUCGACCAUGAAUCGAGUAACUGGUCUGUUGAGGGCCAAACCUUGACCGUAACAAUCUCAAAAGAAUUGGAAGGCCAAAACUGGCCAAUUGUUAUAUUAGGUGACACUAGUGGUCAGAUGAUUCCCAACAACGCAGAUCAAGAUGUUGACAUGGAGACAAAAGAUGAAAUGGCAGAUUUAGAAGCAAGAGGUUUUCAGCCUACAGGCCUUGAUCACUACGAGGAUUGUGAUGACUUGCCUGAUGCGGAUUCAAUGCUGUACAUGUUUGAUGCUACAGAAAACAAAUUCACUUAUGAAGCAGGCAUAGCAAGUAAUCAGUGGCUAUUUAACUGUUACUAUAAUCAUAAAUUAUGUACAGUGCUGCGACAUGAUAUUGACGCUUUAGUGUGGGAAUCUGACACUCCCAGUGAGUCUUGUUCCAGUCCCUGGAAACAUGUUGCAACAUUCAAUGCACUCGGGUACGUGAGAGCAUCUAAAGAAGAUGUAAAAUAUUCAGGAUGCUCUCCGAAUGCCUCUUAUUCUGCAUUAUGUGAAUCCAGCAGCAGGGUGUUUGUUUAUCACAGCCCAACGACAACUGCGGCACCCCUUAAAAACCGAAAAACAGGCAAAAGCAUGCAUGUUUCGAAACAGCAAGUAGUCUCAUUGCCUUCCAAUGAACCGAUACUUGGAUUUCAUGCAUCUUCUGAACUUAUGUUCGUGCUCACAGGAGCUAAGAUUUUUAUAAUUAAAGUGACUGCUCCAGACACAUGACUGUCAGUCAGAUUCACUACAACAAAUAUCAAUCAUAUCUACUGUAUUGCAAUUUUGCCGAAAUAGAAAACUCUAGUGCAAAAAAA